GUAUGAGUGGGGGGAAUUAGUCAGGGUGCUGGUUCUCUGGGAGGACAGAUCUUGGUCUUUGCAUUGUUACUCUUUCUUUCCAAGUCUCACAGUCUGCAGUUCUCCUUGCUGACCAGGAUAAAUGUGUGGUUGAGGACUUUAUCUUCUCUAAACCUACGGUGGUUGCUUUUGUAAGCUUUCGUAAGUGAUUGUAGGAAAUGGAUAAGGGUAGAGACAUGGUGCUGGGCAUUGAAGAUGAGUCCGGUCAGCCGGUGUCUGCACUCUCCAUCCUGUCUCUUCUGGAACGUGUCUCCACUAUCAUUGAUGGUGUGCAGGCCAGUCAGCAACGGAUGGAAGAACGGCAACAUCAGCUUGAGACUUCUGUUUCUACAGUCCAAUCAGAGCUGCUCAAACUGGUCCAGAACCACGGUUCCACAGCAACCACUGUAGACAAACUGAUGCAGAAGGCCCGGCGUGUGAGUGCUCAUGUGAAGGAAGUGCGUUCACGUGUAGAGAAGCAGAAUGUUCGUGUAAAGAAAGUCGAGAGUACGCAGGAUGAACUUCUCACCAGAAACAAGUUCAGAGUGGUCAUCUACCAGGGUGAGGCUGAAGUUCCCUCAGUUGCUGUGACAAAAACCCCUAAGGAUGUAGGGUUGGCCAAUGUUGAGGUGGAGCCUGACAAUUAUGAAGUCCCUGCAGAUCUCUCAUCUGAUGAGGAGUAUAUGGUGGUGGAAGAGGCAGAGUCAUCAAGGGCGGCACGUCUGAAGCAGACAGGCUUAAAAGGGAUAGACAACAUUAAAGCUGCUUUUUCCAAAGAAAACAUGAAUAAGACCCGCGAACGAACACGGGAGAACCUUAGCAAGACUAAAGAGAGCCUAAGCAAGACAGGCCAGACUUUGGGCACCAAGAUCAACACCCUAGGUGAGAAGAUCAUUCCUCAUGAGCAGCGGGAAAAGAUGCGUUUGAGUAGUGAAAGGCUGAAGGAGAACAUCGCUAAAAAAGCUCCCACCAUACUCAAGAAGGAACGUGCUGUUGCUGAGGGCCAGGAGGGUGCUGAGGCAGAGCCUGCUGUGACUCCACCAAAAGGCAAGAAGACCAGCCCAGAAGUUACCUACACAGAGGUUACAGAAAUCAAACGGGAAGGGCCUGUAUCUAAGGAAAAAGUUACCCAUAUUCCAGAGGAAGGAAAGAGUGGGUUGGCCAUAGACACACCAGAGAAGUGAAGAAAAUGCUAAAGAAAAGUGGUUAAGAAAAGGCAUAAGAAAGUUUAUUAGAAAUAAAAAAUAUAAUAUAAAAAUACAUGUGUGUGUGUGUGUGUGUGUGUGUGGAUAUAAAAUCCAAAUUUAAAACAACUCAUGAGACUGAGACCUACCAGUCGAAUUACCAGGAUGACAAAGCGACUCAACAAGAAGCAUUAAGAAAGAGAGUCAUACUGGUGCAGCUGUCUGGGUGUCAACUGGUGGCUUAGAAAUAACUCACCUUGUGUUAUAACUUAUAACACAAUAUAUUGCUUAAUAGGACACAUAGUUAAUUUUUUGAUGUGAACUAGAUUUCCUGGAGUAGAAAGAGCACUAAAAUACUUAUAAUAAUGCCUCACAUGUGUGGGAGUAAGGAACACUAGCUAUAUUGCCAUAUUUAUUUAAAAAUAUAUUUUUUAAAAACUGUUUCUAACUGGGAACGUUAGAUUAUGUCCAGCAUCUUUAUAAACUGUAUGUGUAUGUUUGGGCGUGUGUGUAUGUGUGUGUGUGUGUG